AUGGUCAACAAAGAUUAUUAUGCUAUAUUAGGUGUCAACACAUCGGCUAGUGAUGAUGAAAUCAAACGCGCCUAUAAACAAAAAGCACUUAAACAUCAUCCGGACAAAAAUCGUGGUGAUGUUGAAGCUGAAAAAAAAUUUAUGGACAUUAGCGAAGCAUAUGAAAUAUUAUCCGAUCCAUAUAAACGUUCUUUAUAUGAACGUUUUGGUUCUGAAGAAUUACGAAAUUAUUUAGGUGCAGAUCCUCGUUCACAUUUUCAUACGUCCGGUAAUUAUUAUUCAGAAUAUGGAACUGAUUCGAAUAAUGAGUAUACAUAUGAUCCAUAUAAUAAUUAUUUUGUACGUUAUAAAGAUCCAUCAACAUUCUAUGAUUUAUAUGUUACAUUAGAAGAAGUUAAUAAGGGUGCAACACGAAAAAUAAAAGUAACACGUAAACGAUUUAAUGCUGAACUUAAUGCAACUGUACCAGAUGAAAAACUACUUGAAAUUCAGAUAAAACCUGGUUGGAAAGAAGGAACUAAAAUAACCUUUGAAGGUGAAGGUGACGAAGGUGAUAAAAAUACUAUAGCAGGUGAUAUUGUAUUUAUUAUUCGAGAUAAACCACAUUCAGCAUUUGAACGAUCGCAUUCGGAUUUAAUCUAUCGAGUUAAAUUAACUUUAAAACAAGCAUUACUCGGUACAUUAGUUGUUAUACCAUUUCUUGAUUCAACAAAAGCACCCUAUCAAUUUCGUUCGAAUCUUGACAUUAUCACACCACAAACAGAGAAACGUUUUAUAAAUGAAGGUCUACCUUAUCCAAAAGAUCCAACAAGACGAGGCGAUCUUAUUGUUAAAUUUGAUAUUCUUUUUCCAAAAGCGCUCAAUAAAGAGCAGCGUACAAUUGUAGAUUGUUGCUUUUCCAAUUCUAUUGAUUUUUAUCAACCCCAUGAUUGUGUAUAUCAUAAUACAAUUAUUGAACCAAUAGUAACACCAGAACAACCACCCCCAGCACAACAACAGCAGCAGCAAUCUUCAUCAUCAACAUCAUCAACAUCAUCAUCACCUUCUUCACAGUCACAACAGCAACAACAACAAACAUCAGCCACACAAAAAUCACAAGCAUCAUCAUCACAAAAACCACAAGCAUCACCCUCACAAAAACCGCAAGCGUCACCCUCACAAAAACCGCAAGCGUCACCCUCACAAAAAACACAAGCGUCACCCUCACAAAAACCAUCUAUUCCAAAUUUAAAUAGCACACCAACGAACAAACCUCAAUCCACAACGACUAACACGAAUCAUCAUAAUCACAACAAUAAUAUUAAUAGCAAUAAUCAUCAUCAUAAUCCUCUUCACCAUCAAAACGUCUUAAAUCGUAAUGGUAAUAUCAACGGACAUGAAAAGUCAGCCGAUUCUCCAAAUAAAAUUCUUAUUAAAAAUAAAAUAUCCUCUGUAGAUCCUUCUUUAUACGCAUCACUAUCAACCUCACCUGCAACGUCACUUAUCAAGGAGACUAUUUUUUGA